CUUUUCCAGAGGCCAUUUGUAUAUUUCAGUUCAGUCACUGUUAUCUUCACAUCCUCUUUCUGCCUACAUCAUGGGUCUCAGCAGCCUCCACCCCAACGAUUCGGUCAUGUGGCUGUCACUUUCGGUUCCAGAAUCAUACGACACGACGCUGCGCAAUUCGCCGCUGCCUAACACAAAUUCCGAGUCCAGCCUUGCUGCCAAUAAUUCCUUGCCUUCCUUCGUCCACAAAUGGAGCCAUGGAUACUCCAUCAUCUCUGUUGUCGCCUUGCCACAGCUGGGCCUUUUGUGGGUAGGGACCCAGAACGGCAAGAUCCUCGUGCUUGACCUCGACGCGUACGAAAAACGUGCAGAGCUCAGCGGCCACGCGGGGUCCGUGCUCUGUCUUGCGGCUUCCAGCUGUGAGCAGUAUGUGUUCUCUGCGGGCUGUGACUCGCUCGUGAAGGUUUGGAGUGUGAAGCGGUUGGAGGAGAUGCUCACGAUAUACUCACUUGUGGAUAUCGGAGAUAUUUUUAGCAUUGCAUGGUCACAGUCGCUCAAGACACUUUAUUUUGGCGCGCAGAACGCGUCGGUAUCGUGGGUGACUCUUGAUCUAGGCGAAGACGAGGACCACCGCGAGACUAGCGGUGAGACUAGCGACGAGAACAGAAACGAAACGCCAAGCGAGGCCAGAGGCCAAUCACAGGGUCUUGGAACCUUUCCCUUGUCUCACGCAAACACAGACUCUAGUACCGUCUCUAGCACCAUCUCUAGCACUGGCUCUAGUCCUAGUCCGAGUACCGUGCCCGUACCGGGCCUGGUUGCUCGUCCCGACCGCCUUCCUUCCCGCCGCUGGGACAAAUUCUUUGACUCUAAAGGCCCUGGAGGCAGCAUGAAUCCCCUCCAGACCAAAUCUCCCGCCCAGCAAACCUCCAUGCUUAUCGAGGUUCCCUCUGCCAAUAUCAAGCGUUACGCCCACAACGGCUACGUCUAUGCGAUGAAGCUCGUUCCCGGACUCGACUUUGGCGCGUUUCAGGCGCACGAACUCCUUUUCACUUCCGGCGGUGACGGCUUUGUGCGUAUCUGGGGCCUUGCCGGGGGCUUGCGGCUACUCGCCUCGCUCGACAACGAGGACUGCGUGCUUUGUCUCGACAUCAGUGGUACAUACCUCUACGCGGGACUCACGGAUGGCCAGGUUAAGAUCUGGGACUUGAGCACGCUCCAGUUGAUCAAGAACUUGAAGUUCCAGGCGGAAGGCGACGUCCAAGCGAUUGCUACGAACAACUACUGUAUCUUCAAAGUGACCAAGUCGGGGGUCUACAAGUGGCGACUCACGGGUGAGAAGAAGGAGGACUGGAUGGCCCAUGGCGGCAACGCCCUAGCGGUGAGUAUCUUCCAGCGCGGUGGCCGGUAUUUUCUCGUUUCUGGCGGGGUGGACAACUCGGUUAUCGUGUGGUGUCUUGACGACUUCCAAAACCCACCCCAGUCCAGUGAACUCCAGAAUUUUGGGAACGACCAUUUACUCGAGACAUUAGAGCGCUUUGUAGCGUAUCAGACGGUGUCAAAGAACCCAGAGCAACACAUGCAUGACUCGCGGCAGUGUGCGGGAUUUUUAUACCGGUUGUUUAUGCGGUACGGGGCGGUAGCGGAGUUAAUCUCGACGGACUGUGGGAACCCAAUUGUAUAUGCGUGUUUCAAAGCUAUUAAGCGGGGUGUGAGUGAAGCCCGUGCCUCAGACUCCAGUGUUUCAGAUAGCAGCGACGCUACUGGUAAGGCUUCAAGUGAAACCUCCAAGCCUUCUGGCAAUAGUUCGGGCGACGCCUCAGGAAGCUCCGGUGAUGGAGUUUUUUCCGAAUCUGCCUCCAGAAGUCCCUGUCCCCGUGUGCUUUGGUACGGUCAUUACGACGUCAUCGAGGCCAUCGAUGACACCUGGCACACCAACCCUUUCCAGCUCAUCGCCAAAAAUGGCAACCUCUACGGUCGCGGUGUCACCGACAACAAAGGCCCCGUACUUGCGGCGAUUUUUGCUGUCGCCGAGCUCGCCAGCGCUGGCGAACUCGCCUCAGACGUUGUUUUCCUUAUCGAAGGCGAAGAGGAAUACGGCUCACGCGGUUUCCGCGCUGCAGUUGAGCGCAACCGCGAGCAAAUCGGCCACAUUGACUGGAUCUUACUCAGCAACUCUUACUGGCUCGACGACCACACCCCUUGCCUUAAUUAUGGUCUCCGCGGGGUGGUUAAAGCUUCAGUCGAAAUCGGCUCGGACCGCCCGGACCGCCAUUCUGGGGUGGACGGUGGGGUUUCCCGGGAACCCACGAUGGACCUUAUCCGCCUUCUCGGCACGUUAUCCGACGAUGACGGAAGAGUGAUGGUGCCAGAUUUCUACAACACUGUGAAGGAGUUGAGCCCUGAGGAUAUUGAGUACUUCCACGAGCUUGCGGAUGCGAUUAAGGUAGAUGUGAAUCCCGAGGCGUUGAUGCGCCGGUGGGUCAAACCGUCGCUCACGGUCCACAAAGUCACAGUUUCCGGCCCAGACAACAACACGGUGAUUUCCCAGUUUGCUCGCGCAACGUUGUCCAUCCGCACUAUCCCAGAGCAGGACACAGAGGCUAUCAAGCAGAACUUGGAGGCUUAUCUUGAGGAGAAGUUUCGUCAACUGCAGUCGGACAACCGGCUUUCGGUGGACGUUCAGGUGGUGGCGGAGCCGUGGUUGGGGGAUCCGCGUAACGCCGCGUUCCAGAUCUUGCGCCAGGAGAUUGUCGCCGCAUGGGGUGUCGAGCCGUUAUUUAUCCGAGAAGGUGGGUCUAUCCCGACGUUAAGGUACAUGGAGAAAGUGUUUGGUGCACCAGUGGCGCAGAUUCCGUGCGGCCAGGCAAGCGACAAUGCCCAUUUGGAUAAUGAGAAGUUAAGGGUCACGAAUUUGUUUAAGUUAAAGGAGAUUUUGAAGGGAACCAUCCUGAAGUUACCCGUGAGGCCAAGUGCAUAGCACAGGGUUGAACUAAAGAGUACGGUGGAUGGUAAGCAAAUACGUACAUGUAUAUUAAUUCUAUGCCAUGUAAUUAAUAUCGAUAUCGAGUGA